UUCUGAGAUCCGCAUCUUUGUCUUGGUCAACACCAAAAAUAUCUGCAACUCUCUCUGCUCUGCUUAGGGUUCCAACCCAACCCUCAUUCUCAUGCAAGGGUAAACCGAGAUCUGAGAUCUUGAACCCAAAUUCAAGGUUUUGAUCCGUUAUUGCUCUCGGUUCUGUGUGAUUCUCGCUAACCAAUCAGUUUUGAAGCUCUUUCUGUUCUACAAAGGAAAAUGAGGCCUAUUUUCUGUGGAAAUUUUGAAUAUGAUGCCCGGCAGUCAGAGUUGGAGCGGCUUUUUAGACGAUAUGGGAAGGUUGACAAGGUGGAUAUGAAGUCUGGAUUAUCUUGGCAUAUCCAUUUACUCCCAAGCUAAUGGAUGGGCUUUUCAGAAAUCCAUUCCCUGCCUGUGAUGCACAACUUCUUCUUUUAAUGAAGAAUCGUUCAAUUUGAUCUGCAAUGGCACACCUGUUCCACAUAUUCAUCGGUCACAUUUGCCUUUCAAUUUUUGUGCCUUUUGCCCAGCCCACUUUUGGACAUGUUUCGAGGUUGAAAUAUUGCCAACCUCACAGCAGAGGCAGCAGAAUGGAUGGAGAAGGCACUCACUUUCCAUUGACCCUCUACACUUUUGGGUUCUUGUUCUUGACACCAAUUUGUUUACUAAUCAAGGAUUUGCUUUUAUCUAUAUGGAAGACGAGAGAGAUGCUGAGGCUGCUAUUCGUGCUCUUGAUCGGGUAGAAUUUGGUCGGAAGGGACGCAGACUCCGUGUGGAAUGGACAAAGCAUGAACGGGGUGUUAGAAGGCCUGCUGGUUCAAGAAGAUCUUCAGCUAAUGGGAGGCCAUCAAAGACCUUGUUUGUGAUUAAUUUUGAUACAUACCAUACCAGAACAAGGGACUUGGAGAGGCACUUUGAACCAUAUGGUAAGAUAGUCAGUGUGAGAAUCAGAAGGAAUUUUGCAUUUGUUCAGUAUGAAUCAGAGGAUGAUGCUAGCAGAGCAUUGGAAGCUACAAAUAUGAGCAAGUUACUGGAUCGAGUUAUUUCAGUUGAAUUUGCUGUCAAAGAUGAUGAUGACAGGAGAGGUGGUGGUUAUAGCCCUGAGAGAGGCCGUGAUCGUCAACGUGAUAGAAGCCGUGAUGGAAGGCGAUCACCUAGUCCUUAUCGUAGAGAAAGGGGUAGUCCUGAUUAUGGCCGUGGGCCCAGCCCAUAUCAGAGAGAGAGGGGCAGCCCUGACUAUGGUCGUGGCCGUGACCGUAGCCGUAGCAGAAGUCCCCUUCGGAGAGAGCGAGCUAGCCCUGCAUAUGGGCGUAGAAGCCUUAGUCCAUAUAGAAGAGAGAGGGAGGCUUCGGACCCUGUUCGUGACUCCAGCCGUAGUCCUUAUCACAAAGAGCGUGGGAGAACUGACCAUGGAAUUUCUCCUUCCCACAGUCCUGAAGGAAGAGUGAGGAAAAGUCCUCAAAAUGGUCGCAGUUCUAGCCGCAGUCCGCGUGAUACUGGGAAGGCUAGCCCUGAAAACGGACAUGGCUCCGGAAGCCCUGAUGAGAAAGGGAAUCCUAGCCCUUACAAUGGUUAUGGAGGGAGCCCAAAUACCAUGCCUGACGGCCCUGAUCCCAGGGAUAGUCCCAACUAUGGUGGCCCGGAAAGUCCCAUGCAUGAAAGAUACCGCAGCCAGUCACCCCCAGCAGAAGAAUGAUUUUAGUCAAUGAUGAAAAGCAGGAAGGUCCAACAGAUUGUAGUACUGGUCAUGACGGGACUAAAUUUAAUUUCUGCAAAUUAUUUUAGUGUAGUAGUGAUAAAGCUCUGAAACUUGUGUUGUUGUGACAACUUCCUAGUCCUUUAUUUGUUUAGGUAGUUUCAUGCUUCUUUGUCAGCUUAAUAUUGUAGAAUCUGUUUACAGUCAAAAUGGUACUAUAUCUUUGAUUAUUAUCGGCGAACUUAUAGAUUUUGGUAAUGUCGUUAAAAUUCUUGUGUGCCAUUGAAGCCCUUCUGCAUGAUUGACUUCCA